CCCAGGGAUUUGGCUAAGGUAAGGGCAAGAAUCUAGAACACCCUGCAGUGUAUUUUUAAUACCAUCUCAUUGUCGUGUAAGAUUCUAGAAUGAAUGGUCAAUGGUAUGAGGUAGGCUGCAGGCAUAAAGAGGAGGCACUGUGAGGUGACAUUCUAGAAGGGUGCAGAGGGUAGGGUAGGAGACAUAUGACUAUUCCCUCAUAAACCGGGGCUUUGGGGCAGCCAUGUCUUACUUCCUGUCUCCACAAUCUCAUCCAGGUCUUCCAUCUUCUGGCCAAGGUGGGGUUGCUUCUCCGGGUUCCUCCCUUGGUCUCUAUAGUCCUGCAGAGCCAGUGGUGCUGACCUCUGGUGGACCAGGCCCUCUGAGCCAGAAAGCUGAGCAGGUGGUACCUGGUGCCCAGGCAGUGCCUGACGCCAGGCGCCGCCCUGGGGGAGCUAGCUGGGAGACACUGCCAAGAAAGGAGUACAGCCGAUACUGCCACAAACUCUGCCUCAUGAGGCAGCCGGAGAGCUUGGGCUGGGAGGAUGGCUGCUCCAGCAGCGGAGCUCCCCACCUCGGCAGCCCCAGCAGGCCUGGGCCCCUGCUGCUGUGUGGGAUGUCACCAGGGGUUCUGCCAGUGCCCUCCGAGGCAGGGGGGAAGGAGGCCGGCUCCCAGUCUGACAUCUGCAUCCUGACCCUGGCCAUGAUGAUCGCUGGCAUCCCUACUGUGCCUGUCCCAGGCCUGCGGGAAGAGGACUUGAUCCGGGCAGCUCAAGCUUUCAUGAUGGCUCAUCCAGAGCCAGAGAGAGCUGUUGAGGGGGCGCAGUGGGUACAGACACAGGCCCACACAGCCUCUGGGGAGACAUCCCUAGUAAGAUCCAGGAGGGGCCAGCCUCGUGGCUCCUGCUUGUAGCUGGAUGAAAUAGCACCAGACACACAGGGUGGCUUCUCUGUAUGGUUUUUGGGUAGAUGGGGUUUGUGGGAACCUGGGAGGAAUGGGGACUGGGUGGGGGUGAAGGAAAACUCCAGUCAUUAGUACCCAGGCCCCACAGAAGUUCUCUUCAUACAACUAAGUCUCAUCAGAUAGAUUAAAAUUACCCAGGUGAGGGGCUAUACUCAGAAAGACUUCUACACUGAAGACUUGAUCAAAAUUUCUUGUACAUUCAUGUACAGUGGUGCACAGCUACUUGGGAAGCUGAGGGAGCAGGAUCACAAGUUCAAGGUCCGACUGGGUAAUUUAGCAAGAUCCGAUCUCAAGAAAAAAAAAAAAAAAAAAAAAAAGAAAGAAAUCAGGUGUGGUGGCACACACCUAUAAUCCCAGCACUCAGGAGGCUGAGGCAGGAGGAUCACAAAUUUGAGCUCAACCUGGGCAAUGCAGUGAGAAAAGGCUGGGACUGUACCUCAGUAUGAAGGCCCUGGGUUCAACUGCCAAUAUUUAAAUAAAUAUACAUAACAAAGGUAGGGAUGAAGCCCAGUGACAAUCCCCAGUAACAGGGUAAAAAUAGUCACAGGCAAUGUGUCUUUUUUUUUGGUAUGGGGAUCCAAUGUGAGUUUUCUUACUGCCUUAAAUUUCUCAGCCUGUUGAAGGCAGGUGAUGAGACCAUAAGCAAAGAAGGAAAAUUACUCACUAGGCAUUCAGGCAAAGUAAAAGACCACUUUAAUCUGAUCAACUGCACGAGGAUGCUCAUUUGUGUAUUUUUGUUUUGCUUUUUGAGACAGGCUCUCACUAUGUAGUUCAGGCUGGCCUCCAUCAUGCUGCAAGCCUCCUGCCUCAGCCCCUUCAGUGCUGGGAUUAUACAUAGCCCCAUGCCCAGCAGAAGAUAAACAAAAUGAAGACUUAGAAAACUGACUUGCCCAGAAUUCACUGCUAGUAAAUGUAGAGCCAGGUGUCUGUAACAAAGCAGGGAAAGAACUCUAACAAAUAAUCUAUUCCUUUCAUAAUAUAUCUGUACUGUCACCUACAGAACACAAACUAGGCAAGAGUUAAAAUAUAAAACAUUCAACUUUAUUGAUCACAGAAUAAAGCAGGGGAAAAACUGCUGAGCUGGGCCGAGCCACCUCCCUGAGCAGCCUCUUGGUCUAUGAGUGGGCUCCCAGGCCAGCUCACUCAUGGGAUAUGGGUCAGGUGAGUUUGCUUUCUUGUGACUAGGGCAGCUGGUACCAAGUCCCAGCCCGAAGCUCAUCACCUGAUUUUUUCUUUUUAAAACUAUGCAGUUUUAGGGCUGGGGAUUUGGCUCAGCAGCUCAAGCACUUGGCUGUUAAGUUCAAGGUCAUGAGUUCAAUCCCUGGUACCAAAAAAAGAAAACCAAGCCUAAACUAUGCAGUUUAGGCUGUGCUCCACCUUUCAGCAAUCCUUCUGUCUCAGCCUCUUGAGUGCUGGGAUUAUAGGCAUGUACCACCAUAUCCACCCAGCCUUAUCUCUUAUCUUAGACCAGGGGUUCCCUGUAUAAGAUGAAUGAGUUAACAAUCAUCUUUAUCUUAUGAAUAAAUUGUAAAAACCAAAACAAAUGCCAGGGAGGCAGAGGCACACAUCUGUAAUCUCAGUACUCAGGAAGCUGACGCAGGAGGUUUGUUCCAAAGUUCAAGACCAUCCUGGGUUACAAAGUGAGUUCAAGGCCAGCCUGAACUGCAUAGCGAGACUCUGUCUCAAAAGACAAAAACAAAAAACAAAGAAAGAAAACCCACAAAACAAAACAAAACCAAGAAUAUACAAGAGAUGAAUGUGACUAUCAAAUUGAAAAUAUUUACUAUUGGUCCCUUUACAGAAAACAUUUGCAGCAUGAUGGAGGCCAGCCUGAUCCAGCUCUAUCCAAGCUGACUCCUAUCUUACAGAGCGAGCCAUAUGCUAGGUAGCAGACUGUGGUAGAGUACAAGUCCCUUGUCCUUAUUUGGGAAGGAAGUACCAUGAAAAUACAGCUGUGUGUUUCCUUGCAUGUGGGUAGGGAAGGAUACGAGGCAUACAUGUGUAUUAGCAUCUCCGAGCACGAGAGGAAUCAGAGCUGUACUUGCUCAUAAGGGCCGAUCCAGCUGUCAGCUAAUUCCCGCAGGGUGCUGUACCGCCGCUCGAACUCCUCUUUGCUACAGUGCUUUAACAGCUGACCCACCUCCUCUGUGAGGAGGGUCACUGCCAGGUACUUAUCCAGAGUCUCGUUCCACUUGCUGCCCAGGAUGCUGUCUAGGCUAGUGGCGCAGCCUGCCGUCCACUGAGCUGGCAGCAUGUCGGGCUGGAGCACCUGGCGGUGUGCACUAAGCAUGGCUAGGAUGUGACGGCAGGGCAGAUGGAAGACCUGGUUGAAGUUGCAGCUGCAGCUGGCAGGAGGCUGGGGCUGCACCUUGUGGGUAUCUUCCAAGAUCUGGAUGUUUAUCUUUUCUGAGCCAGAGCCAAUGAGGUGCAUGGAUUUCUGGACCACAGCAAGCUCACCCAGACAGAGUUGGGCUGCAGGCCCUGUGCAGAUGGCAUUAAGGGAAUUCUGGAUGCCAGCUUCUACCAACUGUUCUACUUUGGGGGUUUCAGGGCUAGCAUCUGAGGUGGUGUGACUGUCCUGGGGACUCAUGCCCAGGUUGAAGUUUGCCUUGUCCCCAGGGUUCUGUUGCAUGUAUCGGCAUAGGGAGGCCAUGCCUUGUUUCUCAGAUGAGUUGGUGCCAAAAAACUGACUGAGAAUUCGGGUGGUAAUUUCAAGGCUCUGGAAGUAGCGGAUGCUCUCACUUCGGCUUCUCCAGCGGUGGGCCAGCCAGAUUCGAUCAUUGAGCAGCCAGCGUGGGUGGAGCUCAGACACUCGGGAUGGGGCGAUGCAGCUGCUCAAGAGUAUAAAAAACUUCCUCAGAUUGCUUGCUGUGGCUGAGCACAUCGUGCUCUGUAAGGAGGUCAAAAGCACCCUUUCCACAGGCUGUUCAAGGGACAGUUGAUAUAACUUGCCCUGUAGGAAUUUACAAAUGUGGAAGGCUGAGAGCAGGACCUCAGCUGUAGGGAACUCCAUGGCUAGUGUGGGCAGUGAGAGGAAGUGGGGAUCCACCAGGAUGGUACAGAUUCUCUCCCAUGCUGGGUUAAACUUCUUGAACACCUGGUAUAUCUGGGCUAGGUCUUCGGCAUCUUCUUUGGCAGGAAUAGCAAAGUAGACUGCCCGGGCAAGAGGACCCUCUAGCUGUACUCGAGGUCCAUCCACCAGGAAGGUAUAUAACACCUUGUCAUUUGGGUUAUAGGUGCGGUGGAUAAGUAAGAUCUCAGGGAAAUGGGCAAAGAGGUCUUGCAUAAAGCAGUUCUGGUAGUUGAAGGUAUCCAGCUCAGGAGUCUUGCUAAGCUGGUGCAGCAACACAGGUGGGCUCGAGUCUUUAAUCAGAUUCCCAUUCAGCAUUGCUAGGGCCAUGAGGGAGACAACAGCUUUCUAAAUGCCCAGGUCAAAAUACUUUCUCUGCCAGACUGUUACCUAGGCUGUGAGUCUCCCAAGUUCCACAGAAGUCAAGGGUAGAGGCUGGGCUGUGGUUUCUAAUUCUUGUUUCAAAGAUGCACCUGAAGAGAACAACAAAGGUUUAAGGAGAUAGUAUAGAUUUGGCUCUUCAAUUAUUUAUCUAGACAAUAUUUGCUGAACACUUAAUAUGUGUCAGCACUGUUCUACUGUAACAAAUAGACAAGAAUACAUCAAAUGAGAGUUACAGAACUGAUAAACCUGCGCAACAAGUCCCAUAGUGAGUUGGGAAAGGGGGGAUACUUUAAUUAAUUAAGGUGAUUAAGAAAGGUCUCUCAUGGCUGACUGUGGUAAUGCACACUUGUAAUCCCAGUGGUUGGGAGCCUGAAGCAGGAGGAUUGCUGUGAGUUUGAGGCCACAUAGUCUGAACUGAACAGCAAGAGCCUGUCUAAAAAGAAAAAGAAAAAGAAAAAGAAAAAGAAAAAGAAAAAGAAAAAGAAGACCGAGGAUUUAGCUCAGCAGCUAAGUGCCUGCCUGGCAGGCUCAAGGUCACAAGUUAAAUCCCUGGCACCAAAAAACAAAUGAAAACAAAAAUCUAAAAGAAAAAGGGUCCAUGCUGGGUGAGGUAGCACACACCUGUAAGUCUGUUCUCAGGAAGUCUGAGGGAAGAUUAGAAGUUUGAGAUCAGCUAGGCAAUUCAGCAACUUAGAUUCUAUCUCAAAAUGAAAAAUAAAAAAGCAGAAGUUGAGAUGUAGCUUUGUGCAAAAGUCCUGGAUUCAAUACCUAGUACUCCAGACACCCCCAAAAAUUAUGGGUGUGAUGGUACGCACCUGGAUCUCAGCACUCUGGAGGCCGAGGCAGAAAAAUUGCCAUGAGUUAAACCUGGGCUUCAUAGUGAGUUCAAGGCCAGCCUAAACUGCAUAGGAAGGCCCCGGCUCAAUAAAUAAAUAGAUGCAAAGGUUAGAGCUGCAUAUUCCGCUCCUCUUUUAAAAUAGCAUUCUAAAUAUAUGUAUGGCCUUUAUGUCUACAAAUUACUUCUUGGCCUCUAUUCUUUCCCUGGGUGCUAGUAUAUAAAAAAAAUAAACAAGCAAGCAAACAAUACAAACACAACACAACACCUGUAAUAAAAACUGUAAUUGCUCCAAACUUGCUUCGGGAUGCUGGGGAAGUCAGUGAGCCUCUCGGAACCUCAAUCCGUUCCACCAUAAAAUGAGGCUAACAAAUAUGCACUGUCCCUACCUCUAUUUACCCCCCUCCAUUAGCUGAGAUGCUCUACUGAACAUGUUGGCCCUCAAACGGGCUACUGUCCACAUUUCACAGAUGAAAAACUGAAGCUUAAGGACGUUAAGGAAUUUGCCCACAAUUAUUGUUACUUAAAGUCAAGUCUUUAGCUUGAGUUCCUAAGGGUUUCCCACAGGGUCCAAAGGAAAAGGAAUAUGGACUUUGACCCCUCACCUUUAACCUGGGUUAAAGAUGGGAAUGUCGGACGGUUGCGUUAGGAGUCCGGCUGAGUCAGAGCACUUAACCUCCCACUCUAUCCAAGCUGUGUAAUGUCGGACAGCAAGGAGCACAGCUUGCCACCCACCUUCACCUCCGGAAGAAUCACUCAUCCACACCCUAGCUCCGUCGCCAUUUCUAUUUGACCCUGCCUCCGACUCUGACUGACCUGAAUGUUCUCCAACCACGACGCCAAGUUGCAGUGACUCAAGCCAAUGGCCUGAGGAGUUCGUUUCCGGGUUUUGGAGCCACGGACCAAUGCUAGCGCGACAGCACGAGGGCGGGUACUGUUACCAGGGUUACAAGGGGACGCACGGCUGGCGACAACCAAUGAAAAGCCCGCUCGCAUCUCAUCGCUGCGACUGGAAUUCUGAAGCCUUCCUUCAUCCGGAACGACUGGAAGGGCAGGUUGCUAUAUAAGUUCCCUCACAGGCUAAAAAUGAAAAUGAAAAUAAAUAGCAGUAUUUUACUGAAAACAAAA